AUGAUUUCCGUGGCAUCCUUCCGACGAGACUUUGGAUACGUUCUCGACGGCGAAGCGAUUCUACCUGCGGAUUGGCAGUCAGCCUUCAACAUCAUUGGCACAGUCGGUCAGUUCUUCGGAGGCUUUGCCUGCAGUUGGCUCGCAGACAAUAUCGGCCGCAAGAGAUCCCUCAUGAUUGGAGUCGCCAUCUGCGCCGGCGGCUGUGUUGGCGAGAUCCUUUCAAAUACCCGAGUCGCCUUUCUCUUUUCAAAGCUGAUCCUCGGACUCGGCCUUGGGUUCUACCUCACUCUCGCACCCCUGGCAUGCAGUGAGCUUGCUCCCGUCGCCCUCCGAGGCUACGCAACAGCCGGCGUCAACUUGGGCAUCGCCAUCGGUCAACUCUUGUCCAACGCAGUGGUCAAGGCCUUCGGAGAACGAUCCGACCGCUGGGCCUACCGCGGACCCUUCGCUACCCAGCUCUUCUUCGUCCUGUUCCUCGCCGCCUUCUUGCCCUUUACUCCCGAGACACCUUGGUACCUCGCACGCAAGGACAAGCUCGAAGAUGCAACCAAGUCACUCCGCAAGCUGUAUGGUCCGGCCUACGAUGUCAGCUCCAGGCUGUCGGGAAUUUUGGCAACGAUUGAGGAGGAGAACACACAUCAGACUCACGAGCUUGGUUUCAUCGACUGCUUCAGAGGUACCAACUUGCUACGCACUGGAAUUUCAACUGGCGUCUUUCUUUGCCAGCACCUGGUCGGCAUUGUCUUCGUCCUCGGGUAUUCGACAUACUUCUUUCAGCUGGCCGGCUUGGACGUCUCCAAGUCUUUCGAUCUUGGCGUAGGCGUCACUGCUUGUGGUGUUUUUGGAAACAUGGUCAGCUGGUUCGUUGUUGAGUCGUUCGGUCGGCGGAAGAUUUUUCUCUCUGGCAUGGCUUCCCUGACUGCCCUUCUGCUUCUCAUUGGCAUCAUGGAUGUCGUGCCGACUGACGCCGCCAAGUGGGUACAGGCCGCUUGCACUGUCAUCUACGCAUUUGUGUAUUUUCUCACAAUCGGUGCCAUGGCUUUUGCCAUUCUUGGAGAAGCUUCCAGCACGGCACUGCGUGCAAAGACUAUGGCUCUGGCCACCGCGACCCAGGCUGUAUGCGGUCUAGCCAUGAAUUUUGCGAUCCCUUACAUGGUCAACCCUGACGAAGGGAACUUGAAGGGCAAAGUCGGCUUCAUCUUCGGCGGUUUGGCCUUCAUUGGCACCAUUGGAAGCUUCUUCUAUGUACCGGAACUCAAGGGAAAGACCUUCGACGAGAUUGACCGUCUUUUUGCGGCAAAGGUGCCACCUAGGCGGAUGGGAGACAUGUAG